AUAACCAGAAGUCUCCCUUCAUGAGCGAUCUUCCUUCCCAUUUCAUUUGCCUUAAAAAAAAAAAAAGAGAGAGAGAGAGAGAGAAAAGAAAGAAAGAGAAAAUGCUAAUAAUAGUACUAUAAAAUGGUAGAACGCAAGCAGCUGCCUAGUAAGAUAAGGAAACAAAAAAAAAUACUCCAAGCUCAUAUUUAGUGAGCAAGAUAUGGACACUUUGGUUCUUAGGCUCUUUGCGACGUCCUUACUGGUUCUGACCGCUUGUCUGGUGGCUUUUGAUUCACAAACUAAGCUUCUCUUCUACUCCAUAGUCAGAAAGGCCUCCUUCAGGGACCUCAAUGCUUUGUCUAUUCUGGUGUGGGUCGACUCGGCUGCUGCUGCCUAUAAUGUGCUCCACAUAUUAAGAAGUCGUCUCUUUCCCCAAAUGGACAAAAAUCUGGCUUGGUUUGGUUAUUUAUUGGACCAGGCAGUGGCAUACCUUGUAUUUGCAGCAAACUCAGCAGCUCUUCAGGGCUGUGUUUUUGCAGUAAGCGGCCAGAGUAAUUUUGGGUGGAUGAAGGUAUGCGACAGAUACACGAGGUUCUGCAUCCAAAUUGGUGGAGCUUUAAUGUGUGGUUAUGCUGCAUGCCUUGUAAUGGCUGUCAUUUCAUCGCUCUCUGCAUACGGUCUUUUUAGAUUGUAUUCUCCAAAACACUUCCUACAAUUGAAGCACCAGUAAGUCAUAUGCUUUGGUAUCUGUUUGCUUAUGCUGAUUAAAGACAAUAAUCUAAGCUACAUUAUAAUGUUAUGGGGUCAAUCAACAAGCCGCCGAUUAAUUUGGCAUUGUGUGUGUUGAUGGCUCUUUUUCUGUUUUCUCUUCUACUUCUUCCGAGUUUACUUCAUUAGCAUUUUUUUUUAUAGUACCA